GCAUCGUUAUCGCUUGCAAUGUCCAAGUGAUCCUUGGCUUCUGCGUGAUCGCUCGGCCGUUCCUUGUGCCCUCGCUUGCAGUCGCACGCUCGCAAGUCUGGCUUGUGGCUUUCUGGACUCUCGGCCUCGCCGCACGCCUGCUCGUCGUCGCGUGCCUGCGCAUCUACAUCCGUCUGCACGUCAGGUCGUGGACGGCAAUGCUGCUCCUCGUCGGAGAGUGCGCCGCAUUCCUCGAUCUGACGCUGCUGUCGCGCCAGCUGGGCUUGGCUGCAAGGUGCUGGUGCAUUCUUGGCAUUGCCUCGUGCCACAUCCUAGCCGCAAACGCCCCGAGCGUCCAGUCGCGCACGAUCGAUGCAGAGAAGAGUGCCGACGAGGCCACAGCCGACCCGUCGUCGGGUGGCGGGCGCUACGCUUUGCCCUGCGCUCUUGCAUCCGCGUGCAUCAUCCUCGCUCGCUGGCAAGUCGGCUGGAGCUUUGCACCGGGCUGGAACUUGCUCUGGUCGAAUUUGACCGCACUCGGCCUCGUUCUGAGCCUGAUCGAGCACAAGCGUCGCAUGCGUCGCACGGGUCGCCGUUCGGAGAGCGACUCGAGCUCGAGCCAAUCCAGCUGCACUGCGGAUGACGCUUCGUCCCUCUACGGCUCGGCGCCGUCUGUGAUCGCGUCGGACUUUGCGAGCGCCCUGCCCGCGCCGAUUCCAGGCGAAGGAGGCCCCACGUCACCUACGACGGCGACCAACAGCGGGAGCGGCGCAACGGAGAACUCGGCUGCAGGACUGUCAGCUUUCCGCGGCAGCAGCGAGCGCAGCGACUUGCACCGCCCAGAUGGUCCAAGCCUCGCGCCCUCGUUGGGCAGCAUGGCAGAGGAUCACGCCACGCACACGUCGUCGAGGACAGUUCCGCGCCGUCUGGCGGUGCCGCCGGGCGCUCUCCGCUGGAAGGUCGACACGUCGCCGAUGACGCUGCCCGCCAAGCCGAGCAGCGACUGCAUAGAUGAGGGGCAGCACCUGCUGCCUUCGAGCUCCGAAGCCCUCAGCUCGACUGGCGAGAGCCGCGCGGCCACGUCGGAGUCCUCCUUCUACUGCCGCGGCGAGAGCGAGCCCGAGACUCAAGCACACGAGCAAGUGCCUCGCAGUGCGCCCAUCACCGAGCAGAUUGCCAGCUCUGCCGAGCGCAGCGACGACGAUGCCUUGGCCGCAGUGCCGCGUCCCGUCGACGACCUCGCCACAGCAUCAGAGGCGCUCUCUUCGGGUCUCGAUCUGCCGGAGCGUGCGAUGUCUGCGCCGCCUGCAUCUUCGGCCGGCAGCUCGACGUUCUCCAGCAUGCUGAACAGCGGGCUCGACAAUGACGCAGAUCUCCACGAGCAUCUCUCGCGCCUCGCCAAGGGCGCGGCGCAGAUCUCCGUCGUCCCGGGCGAGCGCAGCCUGCGCAACUCGGAGUUCCAGGCCGGCAUCGAUGCGCGCGAGGUUUCGUUUGACGAGCACGGCGAGGACGGCUCGUCGUUCGGCCUGCCUCAGCACGGCAGCUCGACGGACGGCUCGGCGACCGCGCCGUCGGCCAUGCAUCGUGCCGAGCGCUGGGUGGUGCGCAUCGGCGCCGACGACGAGGGCGGCAGCACCGCCGCCAAGCUCGCGGCCAUCGCCUUUGCGCGUGCCCGCUCGGGCACGCCGGCGAACCCGCUCGUCGACAUGCGAGUGUCGCCGGCGCAGGCGUGCCCGACGAGCGAGCGCACCUCGGCGUAGCGCAGCUCCUCACAGCGCUUGCUCAAAAGCCGCCUGUGCACAUGUCAGGCC